AAUUUACUCAGUGUACUUCAGCUGGAUCCUGAUGAAACAAAAAAAGUACUUGCAGAAAAUAAUAGAAAAAUAACUGUUUUACAAGUUCAUAAGAAGUCACUAACAAGGCAGUAUACCACUUUACUUGAAACGGAACGGCAUCUCAGGAAAGAAAAUGAGAAACUAAAGGAUGAAAUAACACAUAUAGAGACUGCAGUUACAGAGAAGAUUGGAAACUUGCAAAGAUUCAAGGAAAUGGCUAGCUUUAAGAUUGCGGCUCUGCAAAAAGUGUUGGAUGGUAGUGUGCCAUUGUCUGAGCUGGAACUGGCUAAUAAGCAGUAUAAUGCAUUAACUGCUAAAUACAGAGAUAUGUUACAAAAAGAUAACUUGCUCGUCCAACGGACAACAAACAUGGAACACAUGGAGCAUGAGAAUGAAUCCUUGAAAGCACAAAUAAAUUUGUUGAAUAAGGAACUGGAGAUCACAAAAGAGAAACUUCACACUGUAGAACAGGCUUGGGAACAGAUGACUAAACUAGGGGAUGACAAUGCCAUGGACAAAGGCACAAAAGCAAUAACCAACAGCGAGAUUUUGUCCAUUUCUAAGAAAAUCACAAUGUUGGAAAUGAAGGAACUAAAUGAAAGACAGAGAGCAGAACAUUCGCAGCGAAUGUAUGAACAUUUAAGGAAUACCGUAAAGCAAAUAGAAGAACGUAAUUUUGAAUUGGAAGGAAAAUUUGCUGAGCUCACCAAAAUCAACCUUGAAGCACAGAAAGUAGAACAGGAAUUAAGAGAUGAACUGUCAAAGAGUGUAAGUAAGGCAGUAAGUGAUGCAGAUAGACGACAAAUCAUGGACCUAGAGAAGCGUGAGAUGGAGCUCAAGACCGAAGUAUCAAAGUUAAGAGAACUGUCUGAUGUAGCAAAAAUGCAAGUUGACGCUCUGGAGGCACGCCAGCAAUACAGAGAUAAAGAAGUAGAAUGUCUUAGAAUGCAGAUUUUAGAUUAUCAGGCACAGUCAGAUGAAAAAGCAGUUAUUGCAAAACUGCAUCAACAGAUCGUAGCCCUUCAAGGUAGUGAAUCUGUUGCUGCAGGCAAACUGGAGACACUUGAAUUGAAACUACGGCAGAUGGAGAUCCAUAAUCUACGUUUAGAGCAGAAGCUUGAUGAGAGAGAGCAAGCCUUAUAUUUUGCCCGACUGGAAGGAAGGAAUAGAGCCAAACAUCUUCAACAGACAGUUCAGUCUUUGCGGCAGCAGUUCAGUGGUGCUCUGCCUUUAGCACAGCAAGAAAAAUUCUCUAAAACAAUGAUUCAGCUACAGAAUGACAAAUUGAAGAUCCUGGAAGAAGUUCAGAAUGCCCAGCAGGAGCGUCGAAAUGCGGAAAACAGAGCAUUACAGAUGGAGUUGAAACUGAAAAGUUUAGAAGAAUUAAUAAGUGCAUUGAAAGAUACAAGAGGAGCUCAAAAGGUCAUUGAAUGGCAUGUGAAGAUAGAGGAACUCCAUCUGCAGGAACUUAAACUCAAUCGAGAAUUAGUCAAGCAAAAGGAAGAGGUGAAGUAUUUGCAUAAUGUAGUUUCCGAAUAUGAACAUACAAUCAGUAAUCUGGAAGAAGAAAUUGUAGAGCAGAACAAGUUUCAUCAAGAGAGGCAAAUGGCUUGGGACCAGAGGGAAGUAGAACUACAGCGCCAAUUAGACCUGUAUGAUCAUCAACAAAAUGAAAUACUUAGUGGAGCUCGAAAGUUAAAAGAAGCUACAGGAUCAGUUCCAGACCCUAGUUUGCCGCUUCCACAACAACUUGAGUUGGCUUUGAGAAAGAUUCAGGAGCAUACUCAAACAAUCCUGGAAACUAGGGCAACCUGCAGAUCACUGGAGGAGAAAUUAAAAGAAAAGGAAACUGCUCUGUGGGAAGCUGAACAAAAUGUUUUAUCAAGAGACAAAGUUAUAAAUGAACUAAGACUUCAAUUACCUUCAACACCGGAAAGAGAGGAAAUAAUGGCUGAAUUAGGCAAAGAAGAAGAUCAUCCAGAGCACCAUCAUGCCAUAAAAAUUGCUCAGAUAACCAUUGCAAAUAUGAAAGCAAGAUUAAAUCAAAAGGAGGAAGUGGUAAAAAAGUACCAAGGUUUGCUUGCUAAAGCAAGAGAGGAACAAGAGGAAAUGGCAAAGAAGCAUGAGGAAGACCUUAAAGUUCUACAGCAGAAGUUAAAUUUACGUACUGACAAUUCCCUUAAUAAAUUCGAACAGAGUGCUUUGGAGUUAAUGAAAAAUACUUCUUUAUCACAUUCCAAUGACAAACAUUUUAUCCGCUUAGCUGAAAUGGAGCAAACUGUGGCGGAACAGGAUAAGUCUCUUGCUUCACUUGUUGAAAAAUUAAAGAAAACAUCAUCUGAUUUGGAGAAACAAAAAAGAAUUACUCUAAUGAAAAUUGAAGAGUUUGAGGCUACCAGAGCCCAGCUUCAGGAAAAGCACACAGCUGAUGUGGAACAACUAAAAGAUGAAGCAGAUGAAUUGAGGAACACGUUAUCUCAGAUGGAGAAGGAAUUAGCAAAUGUAAAAGCUGAACUAGAGAUCCAAAAAGAAGCAAAUAAUAGAGCACCCACAGCAACAAUGAAAAACCUGGUGGAACACCUGAAGAGACACUUAGCGAUAAAAGAGAAACAGAAGAAAGCUUUGAGUACAGCAAUUCUGGUACUGCGAGCAGAAAUGACCGCUAAUGCUGAACAGCAGAUUAUUUCUGCUGCAUCACAAAAAGAGGCAUAUAUGAAUGUCCAGGAGAUUGUUGACAAACAAACAAAGGGGCUUAUGACACAGAUAGAGGAAUUAAAUAAUCAGAUUACAAAACUUACAGAUAACCUUAAAAUAAGUAAAACAAGGGAAAAUUCUUUGUCUGAUGAAAGGGACGAGCUUAACCAAGAACUCCAGAGAAAAGAAAAAGCAUUUGCUAAAAUGCUGAGAGAAAAAAAUGAAAUGGAAAAAGAAAAUGAAGAACUGAAGAAACGAAUUAGGAGGCUAAGCAGGGGCAUUCAGAGCAAAGCUGAUGAAAAAAAUCUGAUAGAUGCACUUCAGAAAAAAAUUAAAAAGUUGGAAAGUGAACUUGAGAAGAAGUGUGGAGAAACAGAAAAAAAAUAUUUAAGAGAAGACAAGACUUCCAAGAAGGAAAUAAUUCAAUGGGAAGAAGGUAAAAAAUGGCAAAUCAGAAUGGAAGGAUUGCGGAACAAACUGAAAGAAAAGGAAAAAGAAGCAGAUGCUUUAGCCAAACAGUUGAAUACAUUGAAGGAAAUUUAUACCAAGACUGAAAAAGAGAAAAUUGCUCUACAGAAGAAACUGAAAAAAGCUGGUGUCACUGUUGACCAUGUUGUUGGAGUAAAAGCCUCAGAGACUGAAAAAGAACUGGAAGAACUAAGAAAACGGAAUUCAGAUUUAGAAAAUGAAGUUGCUCACAUGAGAACACAGCAAGCAAUCCCACGAGAUUCUGUUGUAGAAGAAUUAAGUUUAAAAAAUCAAUUCCUCCAGGAAAAGCUUCAUGCAUUGGAGAGACAGUAUUCGAGAGUGACAUAUUCUGGACCUUUGACAUCAGGAAGAGGAUCAGAUGAUCAAUAUCGAAGAGAACGAGAGGCUUUAAUGGAAAAUUUAAGAUUGUCAUCUGAAAACGUUGACCUAAGAUUCCAGCUAGAGCAGGCCAAUAAAGAUUUGCCAAGACUAAAGGACCAAGUAGGUGACUUAAAAGAAAUGUGUGAACUUCUCAAAAAAGAGAAAGCAGAUGUUGAACGAAAGCUGGACAACAUUAGAGGGGCUGGAAGAAGUGGAAAGACAGUCCAAGAACUGGAAAAAACAAUUGGUUUGAUGAAAAAGGUUGUAGAGAGAGUCCAAAGAGAAAAUGAAGAUCUGAAAAAAGCUCCAGCUGUGGUUUCUAAUGAGAAAUUACUUAGUCUUGAACAGGAAAAUGAGAGGCUAAAGUCUGAAAUGGAAAAAAUGAAACUUCGCCUGGAGGGUCAGCUGAAUAUGCAUUAUGAAUCUAAAACAAAAGGAAUGGAAAAACUAAUUACUGAAAAUGAGAGGCUGCAUAAAGAACUGAAAAAGGAAGCUGACAGUGGAGAGAAGCUACGAAUAGCAAAGAAUAACUUGGAGAUAAUAAAUGAGAAGAUAACUGCACGGCUGGAGGAAACCACUAAGAGGCUAAAUUUGUCUGAGGACCAAUUUGACGGUGCUGACAGCAAAAGCUGGACGUCCAUUGUAGCAAG